GUAGCUGUAGUUGGUGUAGUUGGUGUAGUUGGUGUAGUAGCUGUAGUUGGUGUAGUUGCUGUAGUUGGUGUAGUUAGUGUAGUUGGUGUAGUAGCUGUAGUUGCUGUAGUUGGUGUAGUUAGUGUAGUUGCUGUAGUUGGUGUAGUAGCUGUAGUUGGUGUAGUUGGUGUAGUUGCUGUAGUUGGUUUAGUUGCUGUAGUUGGUGUAGUUGCUGUAGUUAGUGUAGUUGGUGUAGUUAGUGUAGUAGCUGUAGUUGGUGUAGUAGCUGUAGUUGGUGUAGUAGCUGUAGUUGAUGUAGUAGCUGUAGUUGAUGUAAUUGCUAUAGUUACUGUAGAUGGUGUAGUAGCUGUAGUUGGUGUAGUUAGUGUAGUUGGUGUAGUACCUGUAGUUGCUGUAGUUGGUGUAGUUGCUAUAGUUGGUGUAGUUGCUGUAGUUGGUGUAGUUAAUGUAGUUGGUGAAGUUGCUGUAGUUGAUGUACUUACUGUAGUUGUUGUAGUUGGUGUAGUAGCUGUAGUUGGUGUAGUUAGUGUAGUUGCUGUAGUUGGUGUAGUUUAUGUACUUGGUGUAGUAGCUCUAGUAGGUGUAGUUGGUGUAGUUGCUGUAGUUAGUGUAGUUGGUUUAGUUAGUUAAGUAGCUGUACUUGGGGUAGUUGCUGUAGUUAGUGUAGUUGGUGUAGUUAGGGUAGUUCGUGUAGUUAGUGUAGUUGGUGUAGUUAGUGUAGUUGCUGUAGUUGGUGUAGUUAGAGUAGUUGGUGCAGUUAGUGUAGUUGCUGUAGUUGGUGUACUAGCUGUAGUUAGUUUAGUUAGUGUAGUUGGUGUAGUAGCUGUAGUUGCUGUAGUUGGUGCAGUUCGUGUAGUUCGUGUAGUUGCUGUAGUUGCUGUAGUUGAUGUAGUAGCUGUAGUUAGUGUAGUUCCUGUAGUUAGUGUAGUUGCUGUAGUUGGUGUAGUAGCUGUAGUAGCUGUAGUUGCUGUAGUUGCUGUAGUUGGUGUAGUAGCUGUAGUUGGUGUAGUUAGUGUAGUUGGUGUAGUAGCUGUAGUUGGUGUAGUUGGUGUAGUUAGUGUAGUUGCUGUAGUUGGUGUAGUAGCUGUAGUUGGUGUAGUAGCUGUAGUUAGUGUAGUUCCUGUAGUUAGUGUAGUUGCUGUAGUUGGUGUAGUUGCUGUAGUAGCUGUAGUUGCUGUAGUUGCUGUAGUUGGUGUAGUAGCUGUAGUUGGUGUAGUUAGUGUAGUUGCUGUAGUUGGUGUAGUAGCUGUAGUUGCUGUAGUUGCUGUAGUUCGUGUAGUUGCUGUAGUUGAUGUAGUUACUGUAGUUGCUGUAGUUAGCGUAGUUGGUGUAGUUAGUGUAGUAGCUGUAGUAGCUGUAGUUGGUGAAGUUGGU